AUCCCAAACGCACCACAAGAAUAGAGUUAUAGAAAUGGCAAAGAUGCUAAAAUUGACUUGAACACAACUAGAAGUUGUUUGUUCGGUUGCUGAAAUUGUUUGUCAACUAAAACGAUAUUCACAUUGGCGGUGGCAGUUAAUUGGGGGAAAUUGCCAAGCACGAUCCAUUUCCAUUCACACGCACUCCUCAAUUGGCCAUAUUCCCAAGCCAAAAAUCCCUUGGAAUGAAACCAAAUCACUGCCACUCAAGUAAUCAACAAACCCAUCUCUUCACCACUCGUUUCCCAAUCACCUAUCCCAAACGCCAACUACAUUCUUUGUCUUCCUCUCCCCUCUUUUUUCUUGUUGAAUUUGUCUAGGUUUUUAUCAAAACCAAAACCCCCCCUUUUUUCUUUUUCUUCUUGUCAAUCUUAAGGCUGGUUAUGGCCUUGGUUGGGUCUUUCUUGGAGAUUCUGGGAAGACCCACAAUUGGGGGAGUUUUUCUUGACAUGCUACUGUUUCUUUUUCCUGUUUGGAUUGCUUUUUUUGUUGGGGUUUUGGCGGGAUGGAUUUGGAAGCCCAGAUGGGCGACCUUGGAUUCCACUGGAAAAUUUAAUCUUUCAGCACUGUCUUCACCAUUGUCUGGCAUUUCUUCCCCUGUAGAGGGUUUUGGCUCAGCCCAAAACUUCAAUUCCUCUGAAAUUGGGAACCCAAGUUUUAGGUCUUCUGGUGUGGAAGAUGGCUCGGAUAAGCAACAGGUUUCUGCCCCAUUCACUGAUGCAGCAAAUUGCAGCUUUCGUUACUUCCCCAGUUCAUCACAGCUUGCAGAAAAAGAGCCUGUUGCUGUCACAGAGAAGGAUUUAGAACAUUUAAGCCAUCUUGUUGAGAGGAAAGACGGAGGUCCUGCUUGGAAACAUAUGAUGGAUCGUUCCGCCCCUGGUAUGAGUUACCAAGCGUGGCAGAGAGAUCCGCAGACUGGUCCUCCUCAAUACUGCAGCAGAACUAUAUAUGAAAAUGCCACUCCUGAAUUAUUAAGGGAUUUCUUCUGGGAUGAUGAAUUCCGAUUGAAGUGGGAUGAUAUGCUUAUACAUUCUGCCACCAUAGAAGAAUGCCUUACCACUGGAACCAUGGUUGUGCAUUGGAUAAGGAAGUUCCCCUUUUUUUGUAGUGACAGAGAAUAUACAAUAGGCCGUCGAAUUUGGGAAUCGGGAAGAUCAUAUUACUGCGUGACAAAGGGAGUGCCCUGCCCUUCUGUUCCAAGACGGGACAAACCGAGACGUGUUGACCUCUAUUAUUCUAGUUGGUGUAUUCAAGCAGCGGCAUCACAGAAAAGAAGCGGCCAGCUGACGGCGUGUGAGGUGAUACUGUUCCAUCAUGAAGAUAUGGGCAUCCCAUGGGAAGUUGCAAAAUUUGGAGUUCGGCAGGGAAUGUGGGGAGCUGUCAAGAAAAUUGAGCGUGGUUUACGGGCCUACCAGAAGGCAAGAGCAGCAUCCAGGUCUCCACUCUCCCGAUCUGCAUUUAUGGCUCAGAUCAACACCAAAAUCAAUCCAGAAUAUUUGGAAUCCCUGGAGGGUGCUGAAAAUUCACCCGAGGCCCAAGAGCUGAGUUCACCCGAGAAGCCAGGGGGUCUGAACAUACCCAAGCUCUUGGUUUUCGGUGGGGCUGUCGUUGUUGCUUGUAGCCUUGACAGAGGCCUCCUGACUAAGGUACUUAUUUUUGGCGUCGCCCGGAGGUUAGGAAACAUAGGAAGGAGAUUAUAGUUCUGCAAAAGGGGGAGCUAACAGUACAACUACUGAUUUAUCUCAUAUUCACCAUUGAGCUGUUCUGUGUUUAUUUUUUUAUCUCCCUGAUAAUUGAGCUUUCCUCGCUUCCCAGUACUCUCAUGAAAUGAGGGUUCCAGAUUUCUUUCUUCUUUGUCCAAGCCAAACCCAUUUGUACCACAGAGACCAUAUUGUCUUGUAUUUACUGGAAAUCAGAGUUUUUGUUUCAGGAAGAUACACUAGAGGUUGGCUACUUUUUAUUAUGUAUUGGAUUGAUCUACAACGCAUGCUUGUUCCCAUUUGUUUAUCAGAGAAAAUCUUGUUUCAUUCCCAUUA